CCGAAGGGCUCGUCCCCUCUCCCUAUACGAAGCCUUUAGUGAGAGAAACAGCUAGAGAGAGAAAGCUUCUUAGAGAUAGAAAGAGAGAAUCAUAUUCAGAAGUAGAGAGAGAAAGAGAUGGGGGGAGAGGGAGAGCUGCCGGGGUGGCUGGGUAGACUGGUGGAGGAAACGUUCUUUGCGGGUUGCGGGACCCACGAGAGCAUGAAGAAGAACGAGAAGAACAUAUUCUGCCUCCACUGCUGCACCAGCAUCUGCCCUCACUGUGCCACCUCUCAUCCUUCCCACCCGCUUCUUCAGGUUAGACGUUACGUAUACAAUGAUGUAGUCAGAUUGGAUGAUCUCGAACAGCUCAUUGACUGCUCCUUCGUCCAGCCAUACACUAUAAAUAGUGCGAAGGUAAUAUUUCUGAAGCCGAGGCCUCAAUCCAGGCUCUUGAAGAGCUCAGGAAACAUUUGUCUCAGCUGUGAAAGAAUUCUGCAAGAACCCUUUUACUACUGCUGUCUCACUUGCAAGGUGGAGCAUGUUGUGAUGCAGGGGUUCGACAUAUCGAGCAUAUUGUUCCGAUUCGACGAAUCGGAGUUCACAUUCGCUCAAUUCGAGAGCCUGAGAAUGGAUGGCUCUGAUGUGCCUGAUGAUGACACCUUUGAUCAUGAUCAGAUUACAACAAAUUCUAUCAUGAAAAACUCUUUGCAAUAUAGACCGAGCUCUAGCGGGUCGAGCGCUAAUGAAAAGAGUGGUGGUUCUGAAAAAAGUCAUGAAUGGAGGACGAAGAAGAGCGGCGGUGGUGGUCGUAACUUUUUUCCGGGGAUAGUUCUCUCACUCAGUAGUAGACGAAAAGGGGCUCCUCAUAGAUCUCCCCUCAGUUAAUCAAGGGAGAAGGUUUAGGCAUUAUUGUUUUUUUUUUUUGUUUUAGUUAGGUUUUAGUGGGCUGAGCCACUGUAGAUUGUCCUCCCUAGAAUGCCCCUGCUAGGCCAGUUAUGAAUUGGGGUAUUUUAGGUAUGAAUAGUAUGAUGUUUGGUUUGUGAAUUAGAAAGAAAUGGGCAAAAUUUCCAUUGCCUGCUGGCUGGUUACAACAGGUCAAAAUUGAGCCUGUAGUGCCUGCCAAUUUUGUAUUUAGGUGGUGGAAUAUCGCAAACUUCCAUGUGAGCAAUAUAUAUAUAAG